UCCGUAGGCAGAAUAUGUGAAAAGAUGUGCAGUUGGUCUUGAACCAAAUGCACAAACUUGUAAAUUCUAUUGAUCCAACAAGAAAGAGGGCAGAAACUUGCCGUGUCACGGAAAAACAAGUUGGUUUCCCUCUUUGCUAGUAUAUUUCACUAUUUAUAGACAUCUCCUUCCUACUGUCAAUCUCCUGGACCUAAACCCAUCCCCAAAAGAAAGAUUGGGGGGAAGUGGGGUUUGGUGAGAUGAGCUCAUCACCAAGUCGAUCUCGAGGAGAGCAAAGGCCACGGAAUUUUGACACAGAAGCGAAGAGGAUGUGUUGGGCUAAGGCUGAGACUGUACCUGGUCGACAUCCUGAACGCUGGCGCAAAGAUUCCGCUGGUAACGUUGUCUGCAAACGCUUCUUCAAUUGUCAAGGUUGUCUUUGCUUUGAGUAUGACCACAUCAUUCCCUUCUCCAAAGGGGGUGAGUCCAUAGCGGAGAAUUGCCAGAUCCUUCAGACAAGGGUGAACAGGCUUAAAGCCAACAAGGAUGAGAUUGAUACUAGUCAGUUAAAAAGCUACUCCUGCGAUAUCAAGUUCACUGAUAAGGAGCUUGAUGUAAUUGAAAUGGCUGUUUAUGGGGAUGUUAUCCGACCUGGAAAGCAAUGCCGUUGUAGAACUGUUGCUGAAGUGCUAGGCCAAUAUAAGUCAAAGGACCGGGCUGCUCCCUGCAAGUUACCAUAUGCUGAUGAAUCCUUAUAGCAGGAAGUGAAGGGAACUCAGUGCGGGGCAUGCAUAUCUCAGUCCUAAUUUUUCCGCAAGUCAUUAAUAUUUUGUAUUUCAAUGGCUUCAAUUGAAGUUCAAUUAUUUUAUGGCUCAGCAGCUUAUUGAGUGAAUUGUUGUAGCCUUGGUGGAUAACUGUCAUUUUGUGAACUUAGUGAGUCUCAGUGAAAUUUCUCAAGAUGGAAGGCAAAUAAUGCUAGAGCCAUUUGCAACAGCA